GUUGCAAAAUGGCUGACACUCUCUUAAGCAAUCUGGACAAACUGCUGCUACAACUUGUUUUUCAGCUUGAACAAGCAUCUUACUCAAAGGAAUAUGAAAGACAACAGAUACAGCUAUAUACUGCAAACAUUUUGAGGGAAAAGAGUGAAAUCUGCCACCUACAUGAAGAAAUAAAUAAAAGUGAGGAAGCAAUUCUUAACUUAUGCAGACAAAAUAAUACUAAUAAAGAGAACUGUAACAUCUGGAAACCAACAUAUGUUAUUUUGAAAAAACAUGAAGAAUCUUUACAGAAAGAACUUCAGAAUUACCAAGAAGCAACGGAAAAAGACAAAAAAAUGUACCAGGAUUAUAUGAAUCAAUAUCAAGAAGUUUUCAGGCAGCACCAAGCAAAAUAUUUAGAAACUACAAUUGCCCGAGAAUAUUAUCGUGAAAAAAAAGAAUAUGAAGAAAUUCAAGAUCAAGUUCAACAAAAUUCCAAAUUACUUAAGCAGAAAGAAGCUGAAUUGAUAGAUCUUCACAAACCUGGUCCUUUCCAGUCACUUUCUUCAUGGGCCACACAUAUUGCUUCUCUGCAGCAGAACACAAAGGAAACUCUUACUCAUGCAGCAGUUCUCAAGCAGCAAUCAGUUGAACUUGUCAAAACUGCAAAAGAGCUAGAAAAGAAAAUGAACUACUUCAAAGAGCAUUUAGGCAAUGUUACAGAAGAUCAAAAGCAUACUGAACAGAUGGAAGAGGAUUCUAAUGUGAUAGAGGAAAGAGCAAAAAAUCAAGAAAGAAAGAAGGACUUUGAUGAAAGCUUGUUCAAAGAGAGUCAACAUUUAUUGAAUGAGAAAGAACACACAUUUAAACCAUUUAAUCUACCUAGCAUUUUUCAGAAAUUAGUUCAAAGUGUACCAACUGUGAAACCACUAUUUCAGAUCACAGACAGAGGUGCAGAAAAGAAAGAGGACCUGGCAGGACAGUCCAUAGUGACUAGUAUGUAUUUCAACCACGUAGAAAAUGAAAAUCAGAAAUGUGAUAAUUCAGAAACCAAGAUUGUAGAAACAGAUUCAUCUAUAACAAAUGAUCCCAAAGAAAUAUCAAAUAGAUUAUUAGCUAAUCAGAAGAACACACUUACUAAACAGUGCUUUAGCACUGAAAAUACAAAAGGAAAAAAGGCUGACUACAAACAAAAGGAAAACAAAUCAAUGGAUUCUGCAGUUAUAUCUCAAGAUAGGCAGACAGAAAUUUAUACUAAACCUGCUGGAUGUUAUUCUUCAACAAGAGAUGAAGAUACUGCAGCAACUCCACGGCUAAUAACUCCAGAGCCUAACAUACUUCCAAAGACACCUGAGUCUGGUGGGAUGAGAACUCCAUUUGAACUAUUUCCACCAGAAAGUGAAGGAUUACUGGCCAAGUCACCUGCUUUUUCUUUUCUUGCUGGAUUUACUUCAAAGACACAGUCGCCUGCAUUUACUUUUUUUGAUUUUUCUGCAUUUGGAACUGAGAGUUCAUUAGAUCAGUCAGGUGAAAGCUGCUCUACUGGAAAUAUAAAUCCAAUUUCUCCACACAAAGAUAUUGGAGAUUUCUUUGGAAAAAUGGAUAAUGAAGACUCAUUUACAUUUGCAUUUCCAACACUUCCUUCUGCUCAGGUUUUUCAAGAUGGGAAAGAAGAUUUUAAUUUUCCCUUUGCUUUUGGAUCUUCUGAGCAAUCCACUCUAAAAGGUUUUCAAUCUGCCUCAGAAAACAGAAAGUCAUUUUCACUUUUCUGA